CUGCCCUUCUCUUCGUCCGUCAAGCUCGGCCCCGCAGCACCUCAGCGCGCUCGUCCCGCCGCCGGCCAUGACGCAGCGCAGCGUGGCCGAGGCGGCGCCGUUCUCCGUGCCGCCACUGCCGCCGCCGACGCUGCUCGCCGAGCUGGCCGCGACGCCGCUGCAGCCGCUGCUGCUCUCGCUGCUCGCCUACCACCGCGAGCUGGCGGCCUGCGUGCUCACGCUCGCCUCGCCCGUGCCGGAGCCGCCAUCUGCAUGUGCACACCUGGCCGGCCUGCCGCCGCUGCAGGCCCUCGAGCAGCUCGAUGCCUUCCUCGCCGGCGUGCUGGACCUUGCGCGCGAGCAUCAGGCCACACACGCCCGCGUCGUGACGGCCAUGCAGCGCGUGCGCGAGCGCGAAGAGCAGAAAGAGCAGGCCAUCAAGAGGCUGGCGGCGCUCAGCAGUGAGAUGGAGGGGCUGGUGAACGAGGCGCAGAGCAGGCUCAAGGCUGCACGGCGCGCCAUGGACGCCCCAUUGCCUGCCGAUCGGCUCCUCUCGCACGCCACGCUGCUGGGUGGCACCACGUCUGCGCCGCCGCACGUCGUCGCACAGCUCAACUCCUCGUCUCCGCCGCCGCCCGGCGGCCCGCUGUUGGGAGCAGGCGGGCCCGGCGCCUCGCUGCCGUUCCCGACGGAGGCGCAGCUGCGCUCUGGCGCACUCGGCGCCAAGCCGCCCAGCUGGCGCGACUUUGGCAGCAAAAAGGAGAGGCGGGAAGAGCAGGAGGAGACAGCUGUGCAGCGCAGCGAGGGUUGGAAUCUGGGCACGGCAGUGGAGGAGGACACAGGCUUCGAUCUCGACCUCUAGCAAAAACAGAUCAUCACAAGGGAGGAGUGCUGCGGCGCAGAGGGUGCUGCCAAACAUUGCAUUUGCGUUACUGUCGGCUGUCACGGCUCGGCGCUAGGCGUGCCGACCGCGGCCAUCGGCGUCG